AUGUCUGACAAUGUUAAACGAUGCAUCAACAAUAUCGAAAAACCCAUCAAUGAUUCUAGGAUCUAUCGCGGUUUGGUAUUGAAAAAUGGACUUACAACGUUGCUUAUCAGCGAUCUAGACACCGAACAAUCAGUUGCAUCUCUUGUAGUCGCAGUUGGUACGUUUUUAGUAUUAAUAUUUAUUUAUUUAUGUAUACGGGCGUAAGUCCUUAAAAAUUAUAAAAUACCUAAAUUGUAUUCCAUUUAAUUUUUUUUUAUUUAAUAAAAACUCAAUUUAUUGCAUUAGGAAUUUGUAUAAUUACUUUACACUUAAUUUUUAAUUUUAAGAAGUAUCUAACAAUAUGUACUAUUAAUACGAAUUUAAAAAUUUAAUAGAUAGAUAUUCAUUUAGCAUUUAAACAAUUAUAAUAAUAUGUAUGCUUUUUUUUUAAUAAUUAUGUUGUUUGUUAUGUAAAAACUAUUUACUUGAAUUUUUUUCUGGUUAUCAGGAAGCCUAAGUGAACCAAAAUAUUUGCCAGGUUUAGCUCAUUUUUGUGAACACUUAUUGUCUAUGGGUACCAAAAAGUAUCCAGAAGAAAAUGAGUUUACACGAUUUUUAGAUCAAAAUAAUGGAACAUACAAUGCAUAUACAAGUACUGAUCAUACAAACCACUUCUUUUCUAUUAAUACAGAAUCACUUAAACCAUCAUUGGACAGGUAAAUAUAAAAUAUAAUAUAUUUAGUUUAUGCUUACCAACAUUUUGUAUUAUAAUAAAUAUUUAUACCUUAAAAUAUGUGUUAUAGAUUUGCUCAAUUUUUCAUUGAACCUUUGUUUACAAUGGAUGCAAUUAAAAGAGAAAUUAAUGUUAUUAAUUCUGAACACGAAAAUAAUAUUGCUAAUGAUAGAUGGCGUUUAGCACAGUUAGAAAGCAAUUCUGCCGAUCCAAAUCAUUCUUUUUAUCAGUUUGCAACAGGCAAGCUUUAA